AUGUUGAAAUCUAUCGUUCGUGUGAGCAUGCUCUGCGAUUUCAAUCAAGGCAGGAGUGCGGCCGAAUCUCUUGAAACCCUGCACUCGAGCAUUGGAGAGGACUGUAUUUCGAGUUUCAAGCGGUUCAAGCGCUUCCACGACGUGGACGAAAGUCUUGAAGACCUUGACCACAAGGUAGAAACAGUCCAGCAGAAACUCGCGAAGCUCAACUGGAGCGUCCUGCCACAUCCGCCUUACUACCCAGCCAUCGCACCUUCGCACUACUACCUUUUCCGCUCGACGCAGCACGAGUUGGCUGAGAAGAGGUUUGAAAACGUCGAAGAGGUUCGAAUUUGCCUGUCCGAUUUCUUCAACUCCAAACCAUCCUAUUUCAACUAUGUGGGUACUCAUUCCUUGCGCGCUCAAUGGAGAAUGGUCAUUGAUAAUUGUGGAGAACAUAUCAUGGAAUAA